UACAUUUUAGAGGGUCGCAUCGACGCAAACAACUCCUCACACUACGUCCAUUUCCAGCACACACUUCGCCAUACUACGCAUUUGCUAUGUCCACAUUCCUUGUCUUUGCAUGCAAUGGAGGACACCGCAUAUGACAGAAGACGCGCCUAG